AUGUUGUUUCGUAUAUUCCUUAUAAUUUUCACUGUUAUAUUGGCAUUUUUCUUAAAUGUUAAAGCUCAAGAAUCUACCAAUUCUUCAAUAGCUUUGGAGCCUCGUAUAGUUGGUGGUGUACCACAAAAAAUUAAAGACCGAAGAUUCCAAGUUGCUGUUGUUGUACCAGAUUUUAUUUGUGGCGGUACAAUCCUUAAUAUGAAAUGGAUUUUGACAGCAGUUCAAUGUAUUCUUGAUGCAACUUAUGACAAAACAUAUGUACGUGCUGGUUCUAAUAAUUGGAAUUAUGGUGGCGUUGUGAAAUGGGCAAGAAGGAUUAUUCCUCAUCCUGAUUAUUUUCAGAAGACACGUGACAGUGAUAUUGCUUUGAUACUUUUACGGGAUCCUCUUCCAGAAAGUAACUAUAUAAGUGGUAUUGCACUGGCUGACCAUCUGCCAGCUGAAGGUACAAGAUUGAAAAUGUCAGGCUAUGGUACGAUUUAUCAAGGAGCUGAUCGAGCGCCUUAUUUACUAAGUGUUUAUGUGAAUAUGCUUUCAAAAUUAACAUGUGAAGAUCAUUAUAGAGGUACAGGUUAUGUAAUAACAGAUACCAUGUUUUGUGCUAAAGGGCCUAAUGGUGGAAAAGCUUUUUGUUAUGGCGAUAUAGGUGGUCCGUUAACUUACAAUGGGCGUUUGCUAGGAGUUAUUUCAUGGAGUAUUGGUUGCGUCGGUGAUACAUAUCCUAAUGUUUUCACCAGUGUGCCAAUGUUUAAAGGAUGGAUUGAUGAUAUGAUGAGAAAAUAUUCUUAA